AUGCUGCUUUAUGCACAUAUUUUACAAUUUAUAAUACUUGUUGUACAGACGCGGGUGAGAGCGGGUGAACUAUGGCCUAUGGAGAGGCCGGACGGCAUGCCAGUUAUCCAGUCGUUAGAAGUUAUGUGUGGGAAGGAUCACAUGGACGUGCAUCUCACUUUCUCACACCCCUUCGAGGGCAUCGUCUCAUCCAAAGGUCAGCACGGUGACCCCAGAUGUGUGUACGUGCCUCCAUCCACGGGCCAGACUUACUUCUCAUUUCGAAUUGCGUACGCCAAAUGCGGGACUAAACCAGAUCUACACGGCCAGUUCUACGAGAAUACUGUAGUUGUUCAAUACGACAAGGAUCUCUUAGAAGUAUGGGAUGAAGCCAAGAGGUUGCGAUGCGAAUGGUUCAAUGACUACGAAAAGACUGCCUCAAAACCACCCAUGGUUAUCGCUGAUUUAGAUGUGGUGCAGCUAGACUUCAGAGGAGACAAUGUAGAUUGCUGGAUGGAGAUUCAGGCUGGGAAAGGCCCAUGGGCGCCGCCGGUGUCGGGCAUCGUCCCUCUAGGAUCAACCCUCACUCUCGUCGUUGCUAUCAAUGAUUAUCGAGGUGAAUUUGACAUGCGAGUAAAGUCUUGCGCCGCGUCAGAUGGCUCCGGACAUGUGAUUCAGCUGUCAGAUGAAUAUGGAUGCGUUCUGCGGCCCAAGAUGAUAUCAAGGUUUUUAAAGGCAAAGGCCGCUGAUGAACGAGCCACUGUCAUAACAUACGCAUUCUUCCAUGCCUUCAAGUUCCCUGAUGCCCUAAGCGUACACAUUAGGUGUAAAGUUGAAAUCUGCAGACACGGCUGUCUAGAUCACUGUCAAUUAGCAGGAGUCACUCCAGACAGACACGGUGCCUUAGAUCGAAAAGAUGAUAGAACACAUCAAGAUCAUAAUGAUAUUAAUGAUUCUUCAGCCGAAGAUGGAGGUCUUUCACAUGAGAUACGUCUUCCUCUAGAAGAGGCAUUUGGUGACGAAGUUUCUGGCGAAGCAAUUCCGGCGCCAGCGCCUCUGCCACAAAGAGCUCCACCUCCUGUAAAGGAACCCGAUACAGAUCGAAUGUCCGCUUUCGAAGACCUUGUUGAAGCUUUAGCCAGGCCUUUCACUGAACGCCCCAUAAAUCUAGUAGAUCGAGACCGUUUUCCGCAUGGCCCACGUAAUCUUAUAACCGAUUCUAAAUCUGAACCUUCUGGUGAAGCAAUCGUACCUGCCAAACCUAUGGGCCCUGCCGUUGCGGGUCCUAGAUCACUUCGUAAACGACGAGCUGUUCGCGAAGGCCGCUCCGCCGAUGUCGGUGUAUCGGGUAUAUAUGAAGUCGUAUCAGAAGCUGAUUUAGCUUUUGGCCCAUCAAGGGAACCAGUGACAGUCUUUAGCGGCAGGAUCCGUGAAGAAGUGGUUUACGGAAUUUGUAUGGGUGCAGUGAGCUUUGGAGCGCUCUUCGCUUCUGCUGCAGGUGCUGCAGCUGGUGCUGCAUUAGCUGCUGCAGUAAUGCUACAGAAACUUCGUUCACGAAUGGCAGCUCAACCUCCUCCUCCAGUGUCUCCCGCCCCAGCAGCGCAUUCUCUUGCGGCAUGGAUGGCUCUUAGACUCUUAGGUUCUCAACCUCACCCACACCACUCCCGUGAUGGUUGA